AUGGGCAUCUUGGAGGUCCUUUUUCCGUUCUUCAUCUUUCCUGUCAUAUAUGCCUCAAAUGAUUGCCGAUUUUCCUUUUGUGGCAGCAAUAGUAUCAUUAUCCGUUUCCCCUUUCAACUGGAAGAUGAGCAAAAUCCUUAUUGUGGCUAUCCUGGUUUCAACUUAAUUUGCACGAAUAAUAGCAGAGCAGUGCUAAAACUUCCUUACUCCGGGGUAUUCUACGUGCGCAACAUUAACUACCUCACACAAAAGAUACAAGUUUACGACCCUGAUGAUUGCCUCCCCAAACGUCUUCUGAGCCUCAAUGUCUCAGGCUCUCCUUUUAUUCACACUUUUACUCGUAAUUACACCUUCUUAAGCUGCCCAUUUCUGAAAGCAGGAUCGCAAUACAUUCCUAUUGACUGCCUCAGUAAUUCCACACAUUUUGUACUUGCUGUCCCUUCAAUGAACUUGCCCAAUCCACUGCCUACAUCUUGCUAUGUUAUUACUAGUCUUUUUGUCCCAGUUGCAGGGCCUGAGCAGCAGUACGGGGGUAGUUUCAAAGGUGAGCUUAGUGAAGAUCUUCUACUAACAUGGGAUACACCUGACUGCAGAUAUUGUGAAUCACAAGAACAAUUGUGUGGUUUUGAUUUAAACGACAACAAUCAACUCUCGUGUUUCUCUUACCAAACAGGUGCAUCGCAACAAGGAAUCCAAAUUUUCAGAAUCAUCACAUUAUGCAUUGCUGAACCAGCAGCAAUCUUUGCCAUUGUGAUGGCAUGCUGCGUGUGCUACAAGGACAGGCUUGCCAUCAUUCGUAACAAUGCUAUUGCGAGGUCUGCACCAGCCACAAUAUCACCAGCACCACAGAUUGUGACAACCACGGGUUUGGACGAGUCCACCAUUGAGUCCUAUGAGAAGGUGGUGCUUGGAGAGAGUAAACGAGUCCCUGGACCCAACGAUGGUUGCUGUUGGAUAUGCUUAUCUGAGUACAAUAGCAAAGACACGGUACGAUGCAUUCCUGAAUGCCAACACUGCUUCCAUGCAGAUUGCAUAGACGAGUGGCUUCGCAUGAAUCCUACAUGCCCAGUUUGUCGUAACUCUCCCUCUCCUCUUCAGCUUACGUCCCUUGACCCCUGA